AAUGUCAUAUUGCAUCCAUCCAUCUACUAUUUACUUCAAUCCCUAAACAUCGAUUUCUUGUGUAAUAGCACAGUCCACUUUGUUUCAUCACACUUGUUACCAUAACCUCUUUCUGUACAUUGAAAUCCCUGCUCAACCAUUCCAGUUACACAAGGUCUACUCCCAACUUUUGAACUACAUCUGUCUGAUCAACAACACUAGAUUCACCCCGUAGCUGUUCAUUGGGUACACGAUUCAAAUAUGGGCUCAAACGGACUGUCCACUGAUGGUGUUGACCGUCACCCAACAAAAAUCUUCUUCUUUGACAUUGACAACUGUCUAUAUCCCAAAAGCGCAAAAGUGCACGAUCGCAUGGCAGAUUUGAUCGACAAGUACUUUGCUGAACACUUGUCACUCUCUUGGGACGAGGCGGUGCGGCUACACAAAGAGUACUAUCAGAACUACGGCCUGGCCAUCGAGGGACUUGUGCGGCAUCACCAGAUCGACCCGCUUGAGUACAACUCAAAAGUUGAUGAUGCCUUGCCACUCGAGGGCAUAAUAAAGCCCAACCCACAGCUCCGGAAAAUGCUUGAAGACAUUGACCGAAGUAAGGUUAAGCUCUGGCUGUUUACAAACGCUUAUGUAAACCAUGCUCGGAGAGUUGUUCGGCUGCUGGAAAUCGAGGACCUCUUCGAUGGCAUAACAUAUUGCGACUACGCUGCACAGCCCCUUGUCUGCAAACCGCACGAGGACGCAUUUGCAAACGCCAUGAGAGAUGCAGGGGUUGAGAACGUCGAUGACUGCUACUUCGUCGAUGACAACUACCAAAACUGCAGAAAAGCCAACGAGAUUGGCUGGCAUACAGCUCAUCUUGUUGAAGAGGGUGUCAAGGUCCCGAGGACACCAGCCUCUAAGCAUCAGAUCCGCUCCCUCGAGGAGUUGCGCAACGUAUUCCCUGACGUUUUCAAGAAGCCGUAGGAGUGCAGAUAGAGGACACGACAAGGUCGGACAGCGUCGGCCAGCAAGGGGCAUUAAAGUGUCAUUCAUGGGAGAGAUUGGGAUUUCCGGCAGCCAACACUGCCUAGGCUUCCCAGGUUGCAAUAAAUACCAGCAGAAAUCAGGCGCAUCAGCCCAAAGGGACUGCAGCGGGCCUCUUUAUGCUUCUUAUGACUUGAUCCAGCCUCUUCUGUGCCUCUUGUUUGUCCCGCAAUGCUUCUUGUCGUUGCGCCUCAGCAACUCUGAGUUCCUCCUCAAGCUCUUGAAUAUUGCGCUCUUGGUCCUCCUCACUAUUUUCAAGGCCAGGUAGUGUCGAUACCAACAUCUCGAUUUGUUGCUCUUUGACAAUCAAAUCGCGCGCAAGCUCGAGCUGGCCGGCCUUAAACUCGUCGGCGGGUACGGGGUCGACUACGCGAAAAGGAGAGGCAUCGGUUGUUAGUUUUUGGUCGAGUGGUUUUGCAAGGAAUAGAUGGAGGGGUGUCAAAUCAAGCCCGCACCUUCUUUUGGAUCAUCUUCGGGUUUGAGCUCUCUGAUCUUGUCGUCAGGCCCGAGCGUCUCCAAAUCGUGACGUUUGUGAAGGUAGUACAAACAUGCGACGAAUUGCUGCGCGAGCUAUUUGAGGUACCAGAAUAUCAUCAGCAUGGCGGACACAACCCGUGGCGCAUUCAUCAGUGGGGUAGAUGGUUGCGAACCUGGUCAACCGCGUCUUGGAGUUGCGUGAGUCUGUCGCCCAUCUUGUCUGACUGUAUGAAAGCACGUUUGAGGGCUUACGGACGAUCAGUGCAAGUGGCGAUGCGAGGCAGGUUGACUGGAGUGGACGGAAAUGGUCGCAUGGUCUGGAAAAUAGAAAGGCGCAAAUGCAAGGCCGACAGAACCCGGCUUGACAUGAAAAGGGAAGCUCCGGUGCUGCCCAAGCAACCAUGCAUACGUAGUUCAAACAGUGGGAAUAUAUCCUUCUGCACAGUUAUUGUUUUCAGAUAGCAUGACAUUAUCUUUCCUGUCACACCUUUUACUCUACGUAGUGACACAAUUGAAAUAACUCACUUCAUUAUUCCAUCCCAAAUCCCAUAAAUCAACCCUGAAGUAUAUAUAUUAGGCAGGAUAAUAGUUCAUUGGGGAAGA